CGAACGGGCACGGGGGGGAGGGGAAGAUACAGGUUUUCUCUCGGGGGGGGAUGCGAGCCCCCUCCGCACAGGCGCCUGGUUGGCAAGGAUCUAUCUAUCGUCUACUAGUAGGCGGCGCGAUACUCACUGCGGCGUCGGAGGCGCUGGUGCCGGGCUCGCCGUCGUUCGCUUGCUCAUUUCGGGUUGUUUCGUUCGUUCGUUUAUUCAUUCACCCCUUCAUUCGUCUGUUCGUCUCGCAAGAAUCUCCAACGACGUGUGUCUCUCUGUCUGCCUGUCUCCUCGCCCUCUCUUUGUCGCCCGUUAUAUAUUUGGACAGUUAUGAACUUUACGCUGCUGCUGCCCCCGCUUGCUCCUACCCGUCGUCGGCGCCGUGUGCUAGACGGCUACGCGUGCAGAAAGCUAGGAGAGGAAAAAAAGAAAAAAGAAAACCAAUGCCUAUUAUUCUAUAAGCGGGAUAUAUAGAUUGUCCGUCGGUUGCUGUUGUAGGCAGCCAGGCUUGGGACUCCCCUUUUCUCAGCCCUUGCCUCCUUGCAUCCCCCCCUCCCUUAC